AUGGCACGAGAGAACGCUUUGUCUAUGCUCGACAAAACUCACUGUGCAUUUGCAGCCAUCACAAAAGUUUUGGCUGAGGACGAUAUCGACAUGUCCUCGGCCGACGAGGUGGAGUUGAAGAACUACAAAAUCGACUUCUACAUCGAGGAACACGAGGAAGUGUCUGCCUCGGAAGUUGCCGAGUUGGUCUAUGGCGAGACCAUCACCAUCAAUUACAACCUCAAAAACGAGGAGGACAGCGUCAUGACGAUUGUCGGGUUGGGAGGCGCGUUCCUUGACCCUUUGAGCGGCGAUCCGUUGGUCAACAUGACCGCCAAUUCUGUGGAGCCCAUUAUUCUUCAACCAGAAGAAUCGACACACGUGCGCCAGAAGGUCACGGUGGACUUCCCGUUGCGUGACUAUAUCUUGGCACCAAACGUGUAUGUUGCGUUCAAGGACCAGUUGAAGGGCAUUCUCCCCAGGGGCCAGCCUGUGUCUUUGAGCGAGCCACCCGUGUCGUUGCUCCACCCGAAAUUGUUGUUUUUGGAGCUUCUUUUCUUGGGUGCUAUUGCUGCCUAUGUGUACCAGUUCCACAGAAGUGCAGUUGAGCUGUACUUCAAAGACAUUGCGCCCGAGACCAAGCUGAUGCAGUCUUCCGGGUCUGCCUCCGGCAGCUGGUUGCCAAAGACGUAUCAAACGGCGCAGAAAAAGCCCAAGGCGAGAAAAUCUCACUAA